AUGGGCGGCCAGAAGUUCGCCGUCCUCCUGUGCGCCGACGAUUCCGACUACGUGAAGAAGAUCUACGGCGGCUACUUCGGCGUUUUCGUGAGGAUGCUGAGGGAGGAAGGCGAGGAGUGGGACGUUUUCCGAGUGGCGCGCGGCGAGUUCCCGGCGGACGGCGAUAUCGCCGCCUACGACGGAUUCGUGAUCACCGGCAGCUGCAACGACGCCCACGGCAACGAUCUAUGGGUCUGCAGGCUCCUCAUCCUCCUCAACCGAUUAGACGCCAUGAAAAAGAAGGUCCUCGGCAUUUGCUUCGGCCAUCAGGUUCAAUUAUGA